GGGUUUUUGUUCUCGUCGUGUAACGGGACACAGGACGCGGGGGUGAUGAGCCGCAAAUCGCGUGCUUGCGUGCGUCAGAGAGGACGUGGUAGGACAGCUGGCCCGAAGAGCAAUAACAGCAUUUUCAGCGACAUCGCUCGAUUUACGCCAUGCAAAUAACACGAGAAGAUGAAACGGGACUGGUACUAUAGAGAAUGUAAGACAUUUGUCGUGUAUCUGAUCUCCUAAUGCUUCCUAUAAUUUAUGACUAACAAGAUUUGGGACGUUGCUUCACAGUCGCCAGAUCUCAGGGAAUAAUUGAGUCUUAACCACCACAUACCCCGACAAACCCAAGAAGCAUGCCAGAGCAGAGCAACGAUUACCGGGUGGUGGUGUUUGGAGCAGGGGGAGUGGGCAAGAGCUCCCUGGUUCUGCGCUUCGUUAAAGGCACCUUCAGGGACACCUACAUCCCGACAGUGGAGGACACGUACCGGCAGGUCAUCAGCUGCGACAAGAGCGUAUGCACUCUGGAGAUCACUGACACCACUGGCAGCCACCAGUUCCCUGCUAUGCAGCGUCUGUCCAUCUCCAAGGGCCAUGCCUUCAUCCUGGUCUACUCCAUCACCAGCAGGCAGUCACUGGAGGAGCUGAAGCCCAUCUACCAGCAAGUGCUGGCCAUCAAAGGUAACGUGGAGAACAUCCCCAUCAUGCUUGUUGGCAACAAGAGUGACGAGACCCAGCGCGAGGUGGAGACCAAGGAGGGGGAAGCUCAGGCAAACAUCUGGAAAUGCGCGUUCAUGGAAACAUCAGCCAAGACCAACACCAACGUGAAGGAGCUUUUUCAAGAGCUCCUGAAUCUGGAUAAGAAGCGUGAUAUGAGUCUGAACAUGCGCUCCAGCAAGCAGAGACGUGCAGACAAGCUGAAGGCCAAGUGCAGUGUGAUGUAAGAGGCUGGAUCCACGAUCGCAUCACUCAACGUGUAACUGACUUCUCGAAAAUGUACAUAAGUCCCUCACCUUAAAGGAACAGUAUGCAUAAAAAAUGAAACUUCUGUCAUCGUUUACUUAUUGUCCUGUCAUUUUAAUCAGGGUUGUCCUUAGGGGGGUGCAACUGGUGCAGUCGCACCGGGCUCCGCACUUGUGGGGGCCCCGCGGCGAACGGACCCCCCCCCAGAACGCGAUUGCGAAUGGACCAAGGGGGCCCCGCUCCCUACCUCGCACCGGGCCCCGCAUCAGCUAAGGACGGCCCUGAUUUUAACCCAUAUGACUUUGUUGUUUCCAGGGAACACAAAGAGAAAAAUUGUAAAACAAUUGUACUGGCCGCACUUGUCCAUGCAACCAAAAAUCUUAAAAAAGGUGUCCGUAUGACUUGUGAGGUGUAUUCCAAGUCUUAUGAGGGAGGUCAUAUAAUAUCAUAUGAUAACUGUUGAGUUUCAGAGUCAUUACCACAAGUUGAACAUGUGAAUGAUUAAUUCAGACCAAUUUUAUGAACUGAAUCAACUGAUUCUUUGAAAAGACUUGAACAAUUUGUUCGUAAAUCAAAUAUCAUUAGUUCUUACAAUAACAUGGCAAACUGACCCAUGGUGAAUGUAAAACUCUAAAUUUCAGCCAUUUUCUCACUCAGAUCUAAUGAAUGCAUUCAUAAGACUUGGAAAAGAGCACUAUUCAUAUGGACCACCUUCAUGAUACUUUGAUGGUGCUUUUGCACCUUUAUGAUUCUUAUAUUUCUUUUUGUGUGUGUGUGUUAAACAGAAUCGCAAGAGUAAGCAAAUGAUGACAGAACUUUCAUUUUUGGGUGAACUUUCCCUUUAACUCUCCAUCCCUCUCAGUCUUAAUCAGGUAAUCUUUAGUGUGCAUCCAAACCGUCGACCAUCUCCCUUCACCUGUUUGUUCUGGCUCCUGUAGUGAUUCUGUGUACAAGACUAUAAGAGCUGACACAUGAAGCAGGGAGGAUGUCCCACGAUUCUCACACAUGCUCUCUUUACUGCUUUCUGUUGACUUUUUAUUGAAUUCAAGACAGACCAAAUCAUCAAUGUGGCCAUUUUUACAUCAGGCUGUGUCUUUAAUAGUACGGUGUCGAAAAUGCAGACAUGAAAGUCUUGAACUGGUUCUGCAUUGUACGGGAUUCUCAUCCAAAGAAGGAAGAGGCCUGGGCACAGCUGAAGAGGCGACACUAUCCGCUCUUCCAAAUUCCAUUUACUAUAGCAUCACAAAAGCCUAUUGCAAAUCGGAAAACAAUUCGGGACGAAGGACAUUCUUAGUUAACUGGCUUGCCAGUGAUGUAACCUGGUAUAACAAGAGUAAAGUGCAUAAUGCAUGUCUGAUGAUAUAAACUACCUUCAUUUUAAAUGUGAUUGAGAUCUUUUCAUCAAGAACAGAGCUAUACCUUAUUGAAGCACAGUAAAUAAGUCCUAAAUGUGAUCAUUUCUAAAAGCUAUUUUUUUGUGACAGGGUGGGGUUCGGGGUGUCGAUUGGUGUUUUGUUUUAUUCUGUUUUGUUUUUCAAGUGUUGAUGGCACUCGAAAACAUUAAUAUAUGCAUUUCAUCAUCUAACUGAA